GCAUAUGUGCAUCGGGCAGAACCAUGGCAGAUUGGCAGUUCUGGAAUUUGAACUCCCAUUCCGAUCAACUUCCAAUCAAUAGCCCAAAUCCUUAACCACUGAGCCACCACUUCUCACACACAAUGUUUUCAACUGGAGAUGAUUGUUGCAAAACACUGAUCUUGUGUGAAUUAUCUAUCUUGCUGAAGGUUUAAUCUGUGGCCAGGUUUUAAUCUUCAGGCAGAGGUAACAAAGUUUUAGGCUAAAAUAGCUUGAUACAUAUCAACCAGUCUCUGGAGACUCUGGACCAAGAAAAUAAAAUAAAAAUCUGUAUAUUUGGUUUGUACUUCAAUCCAGCUGUUGGAUCAUUUGAUCUCCCACACAUCCACUUGCCUUGUCCGCAAGAUUCAACCCAUUAACCAGAUUCAGGAACAUGUGUGCUAAAAGUGCAAAAAAUCCAUCAGUGCUUUGCUUCUUGAGCCGAGAUUCAUGGUUAUCUAAUCCUAAAGGCUGUAGCACGUAUCCUGUUGAAUGAGUCGUAGGCGAAACUGAGCUCCCUGUCUGGCCUGUAAUAUAAUGAGGAAGCCACAGUGAGGUCUGCAGCUUGUGUAGUUGGCAGGUGGAUCGGUGUUUUGAUUUUAUUUCUGGCCUCCUCUCAGUUAUAUGAGAAGCCGAGGGAUUCAGCGCUGGUCCAGCCAUCACACAGAUCAGCUGGAGCCUUUAUCUAUAUAAAAAUGAAACAUGUUGGACAUAUUGCAGUGGAUUAUCUGUUUUUCUUUGGAAGAUGUAACUAACAGAUUGCAAUGUAGGACGAGCUGUAGUUACCUCCUGUGCACCAUUCUCCUCUUUGUUGCUGUGCUACUAGCCGUUACAGUAACAGGCACAAUCCUCUUAAUGAACCACUCCCAGGCACCCUCAGGCCCCGAUGCUCCACCCCUCAUCACUACCAAUCAAGACGAAGGCAAUGCCCUGGUGACGGUGGAGAGAGGAGAUGGCUCCCGCAUUAACAUCUUCAUUGACCCCAACUGCCCUGACUACAACAGCAACUUCCUGCGACUGGAGGGGUUACAGACGUCACUGCUGCACUCGCUCAGCCACCAUGACACAGACCUGAAGUCAGUGAAGGGACAGGAGCGCGCACUGCUUGUCCAGUUGGCUGAGGAAAUUGCCAAGCUGUCAGCCCAUGGUAGCCAGCUGAAGGCAGAGUACAGUGCGCUGAGGCAGGGCCAGAGCAGCAUCAGCCAGGAGAUCAACAUGCUGCAGACUGAGCAGGCCAGGCUCAUCCAGCUGUUGUCCGAGAGCCAAAGUAACAUGAUGAAGGUCGUGAACACGGUGAGUGACGUGUUCGACUCCAUGCAGAAGGAACCUGGCAGCAUGAAGGUGUUCCUGAAGGCAGACUUGCAGAGGGCUCCAGUACGCAGCGGUGUCCGGCCCAGGGGCUGCUCCAGCGGAGAGGGCCGACCAAGAGACUGCAGUGAUAUUUAUGCUAGUGGACAGCAUGAAGACGGGAUCUACUCCAUCUUUCCCAUACACUUCCCCUCAGGCUUCCAGGUUUACUGUGACAUGAGCACUGAGGGAGGUGGCUGGACGGUGUUCCAGCGCAGAGAAGACGGCUCUGUAAACUUCUACAGGGACUGGGCCGCGUAUCAAGAGGGAUUUGGCAAGAUUACAGGAGAACACUGGCUUGGUCUGAAGCGGAUUCAUGCUCUGACCAUUCAGGCUAAUUAUGAGUUGAGGAUUGACCUGGAGGACUUUGAGAACAGCACUUCCUUCGCACAGUAUGGAUCCUUUGGCGUGGGAUUGUUCUCCGUUGACCCAGAUGAGGACGGCUACCCGUUGAGCAUAGCGGACUACUCAGGAACCGCUGGUGACUCAUUGCUCAAACACAACAGCAUGAAGUUCACUACAAAGGACAAGGACAACGAUCACUCGGAGAACAACUGUGCCUCCUUCUACCACGGAGCCUGGUGGUACCGGAACUGCCACAUGUCCAACCUGAAUGGACAGUACCUGCGUGGCCAGCACUCGUCCUACGCCGACGGCAUCGAGUGGUACUCCUGGACUGGUUUGCAGUACUCCCUAAAAUUCACGGAGAUGAAAAUCAGGCCUACAUGUGAGCAAAACGAAUGAGUGAAGCACAAGAGGAUCUUCAGCAUGUAGGUGUUAGAGACACUAGCUACAGAAAUGAGCGAGGACUGUAUGAUGAUGUAUUCUCCUCCUGUUUUGUGUGGUUCUGUUUCCAAACCCUUUUUCCAUCGUCCACCAUUCCAGUCAUAGUGUAGUGUUAGUGAUGAAACGCACUCUAGCUGGUUACUUCUCUUCUGAAUAUUAUGAAACCAUGAAGUCAGUUAUGUCUUAAGGUUAUUGUUGAUGAAAUGUAAAAAAAAAAAAAGGCUUCCUGUGUAAUUUAGUAAGGAUUUGUCUGGACUUUUGUUUUAAAAAGCAAAUGAUUACCCCUGUUCUCGGAAAGAUUUAAGCUGUUUUAUGUACAGAAGAUGGUUUUUAUCGUUUUAUUCUGGCAUCAAGCUUUGUUAAGUCCUGAAAGCUGAGUAUUUCAGCCACUUGAGCCUGCAGGAAAGCAGAGAAAAAAAACUACUCUUCUAGCACUUCAAUGGCACCAUGCAGCAAAAUGCACAAUUACCGAGAGGCUAUUAUAAAUGGAGCAGAGAUACCGAAUCCCUGUUCGUAAAGAGCUUGUCAUAUCAUGUUGUUCAGUAAUUAAUCACAAUGAGCCAGAGGGACAAGGAGUGGGAGGAAUUAUUGCAUUAAUGGAAACCUUAUUAUAAUAACAAGCUCGCUUCUGAUUGGAAGUGCACUCCAUAUACAUGGAGUACUCUGGAGUAGAUUACAGCGAUUAGUCCUUGCUGAUGAUCAUGUGCAGUUUAGUAAAGGAAUGUCUUAAUUACAUCUACAUCUUUUAUAUAUAUUACCUUCCAUUUGCCAGGUCACUGAAAAGCAAUUAAUUUUGUUCUGGGAUUGUAAAUCUAGAGCUCAAGCCUUCUAUAUACACUCUAUGGCCAGAAGUUUGUGGACACCGGACCAUCUCACCUAUAUGUGGUUCUUCCCCAAACUAUUGCCACAAAGUUGGAAUCACUUGUAUAGAAUGUCUU